AUGAUUACCUUUAGCGAUCAUAUGCGUCUAACAAGACAUCAGAAGACCCUUGUUUAUGCUUUGGAUAAUGUUCUGCAUAUAUACCCUCUGAAUAUUCAAUAUAAUGAAAUUUGCACUAUUUCAAGAAAAUUCGAGCAUGAUUUAUUGAGAACGCUCAAAGAAAGUCCUGACACUGUCUACCGCGCAGACACUGUUGCAUGGGCUCAUUGUCAUUAUAAAGUAACGCAGCAUUUUAAAAAAGUUUUGAAAUUGAUCAACAAGAAGCAUGUUGUUGAAAGAAAACUUCUUAAGAAGCAACUGACAAAAUUUCUAAGUUCUUGUACUGUGUUCUACGAAGCAUGUAUAAACGAAGUAAUUAUCGGUUCUUCCGUCUUUCAAUUUAAGCCAUUUUUGCAAAAUUGGCUUUGGGAACACACAGGUGUUGCAUUAUCUUGCAAGAGUCAAACUCAUUUAAGUCCGGCAUCGUUUUCUAAAAAUCAUACAGAGGCUUUGGAAUGUAUAUAUCAAUGCUUUAUUUAUCUGGGUGAUAUUGCCAGGUAUUUCUCCAUUCUUUUGAAUAGGCCUGCUGCUUAUGAGAGAGCUCUAAAAUAUUAUCAUUUAGCUCAUCAGACGUUCCCUGAGAUAGGUAUGCACUGCAACCAGAUGGCAGUCAUUUGGGCUGUAAAAGGAUACACAGUCAUAUCCGUUUAUUGGUUUUCAAUUGCUUUAGCAUCAGAGAUACCCCCGAAAGCAGCUUUAGUGAAUUUAUUAGGGCAGUUGGAUAAAUUCUAUAAAACAGCUUACGACAAUGGUUUUCACUCUCCUUCCGAAACAUUAACCUUACUCGCUGUCUUGAGUGAUCUCUUACUAAGGCAAUCUAAAAAACUAGAUACCUUCCGCUCCAGCCGAUCAACAUUGAAAAGGUUAAUUUCUCAAUUUUUCAACUCUGACAUUUCCACUUCAAAAAGCUUGAACGGGCAUGAGCUAUAUUGUCUUUCUUCGAUUAUUUGUAAUCUACGAAGUCGGUCUAUUUUUCGAUCCAAUGAGUCUUUACACAGAAUUUUUAUUCAUUAUAUCACCUGGCUAAUAGCUCAAACUAUAUCUUGCAACAAAAAUAUCAUCGAACACAAAACCUCAUUAUCGAAGGCAAAUAUUUAUUUGCCUAGUUUAAAGACCCUGCUUAUUCACAUUUUAGAGCACUUGCCUUCUUGUAAUUUCAUAGAUCAACGACGGCUUAAAACCCUGUCAUUGUCUCUUCUGGAGUUACAACCUUAUUUUCCGGUGUCUGAUGAACCGUUGGAAAAGAUGAAAUUGAUUUUGUUUGAAGAUUACAAUGAAUUGGGACUACAUUCAUCGUCAACAACGACUGCAAAAGCAAGCUAUGGAGAUAGUAACUUACCUCCAUUCUUAGACGAAAAAAUACAAAGCAAAGUUCAUCCACUUUUGGAAGCAAAAAUUCGCUUGCAACAGGUUCUAGGAAUGCUGAAGCUUCUUUCUUAA